UCGCGAUACUCAGGCGGUCAGCGCCUGAUAGGAAUAAUGGCCGGAACGGAGCAUAAUACAAGAGGCAUUUUAGAGCGUUUUAGCUGACCGGGAACGGUGUAUAUCACCCGGGACCCCGUUCUACCCAGUUUUCAGAACGGAUGGGUGGAGGGGGUUUAUACAAAGGACACAAGAAGCGGAAGAAAACGGGAGGAACGCCAGCGUUAUCUGGAUAGCUAGCGCUAGCUGGCUAACAACACGGUUGUCACUACCGGGGGACCGAACCCGAGUAGCCGUGACAACUGUAUGUCCGCAGAUUCGGAUGAAACGGUGACCUGACACCGGGACGUGUGAUCCAACAUCCGCCUGGUCGCUAACAUGAGUGGACCGGGGCAGGACAGCGAAUCGGAGGCGAAAGUGCUUCUCAUCAAGCGGCUUUACAGGGCUGUGGUGGAGUCUGUCCACAAGCUGGAUGUCAUCAUCGGCAGCAAAUCUUCUUACAGAGAAGUCUUCAAGCCGGAGAACAUCAGCCUGCGCAACAAGCUGAGGGAGCUUUGUGUGAAAUUGAUGUUUCUUCAUCCUGUUGACUAUGGCCGUAAGGCUGAGGAGCUGCUCUGGAGGAAGGUUUACUAUGAGGUCAUUCAGGUUAUCAAGACAAACAAGAAGCACAUCCACAGUCGCAGCGCUCUGGAGUGUGCCUACAGAACGCACCUCAUCGCCGGUGUGGGUUUUUACCAACACCUGUUGCUCUACAUUCAGUCACAUUACCAGCUGGAGCUGCAGGACUGCAUUGACUGGACCCACGUCACAGAUCCGCUCAUCGGCCGAAAGAAACCCGUGUCAGCCUCCCCCAAGGAGAUGGAGUGGGCGCAGAUGGCCUGUCAUCGCUGUCUGGUCUACCUCGGAGAUCUGGCUCGCUAUCAAAAUGAACUUGCUGGAGUUGAGACUGAGCAGCUGGCAGAGAGGUUUUACCAUCAAGCUCUGUCUGUUAUGCCACAUGUUGGAAUGCCAUUUAACCAGUUGGGAACUCUGGCUGGGAGCAAAUUCUACAACGUUGAAGCGACCUACUACUACUUACGCUGCAUCCAGUCAGAUACUCCGUUUGAUGGGGCCUAUGGCAACUUGAAGCGCCUGUUUGACAAAGCUGCCAAGAUGUACCAGCAAGUGAAGAAGCAGGAAAUGAAGAAGCUCUCUCCGUCCCGGCAAAGAUCCAAAGACAUUAAGCGCCUCCUGGUGAGCUUCAUGCACCUCCAGAGCCUGCUGCAGCCCAAGAACAGUCUGAUGGAGACUGAGCUGACGUCGCUCUGCCAGUCGGUGCUGGAGGACUUCAACCUUGUACUCUUUUACCUUCCACCUCCAACACACGGUGCUGCUCACCACUGCCCGAGCGAGGAAGACGAGGAGCAGCACACGGACAGCCCCUGCCCUUUUCUGCCCGACAACCUCAUCUUCAAGAUGGUCGUCACGUGUCUGAUGGUGGUGCACAGCCUUAAAAGGGGAGGAUCAAAGCAGUACAGCGCAUCCAUAGCUUUCACUCUGGCUCUGUUCUCCCACCUUGUGAACCACGUGAACAUUCGGCUGCAGGCUGAGCUGGAGGACGGAGAGGGCCAAGUGCCUCCACUUCACACUGAGGCUGCAGAUGAUGUGGAGAUCCGGGAUUUGUCGGCUCAACCGGUGGAUCGUUCUGAAGAGAGGCCUCUGCAGAACGGCUCUCUGGAGCAGGAGGAGGAGGAGGACAAGGAUGAAGAUGGCUGUGAGCGCGUUGGCCACAAGAAGCAAAGUAGUGAGGAAGAUCCUCAGAAGAUUGACGAGGAGAAACCGAGGCAGAAGAAGAAGUACACUCGCCUUUCUCGUCUCCGCCGCCGCCGCUGUGCUCACAAAAGUGGCCGAGGGGAAGACGAAAGCGAUUUGAGCGAAGGAUUUGAGAGCGAAGAAGAUGAGUAUGAUGAUGUGGAUGGGAUGGAGCGUGCUGAUUCAACAGGCGGGACCGCAGUGGAAGAACCGCUCAAUCCUUCAGCAAUCAAGAAGGAAACUAAGAGAGAGCCUUUAGGGGAGGAGGGCUGCUGGGGAAGUGGCUCGGAGGAAGAGGAGGACGGAGGAACAGCGUUUGACGUGGAGACUGACUCUGACAUGAACAGCCAGGAGUCUCGCUCAGACCUCGAAGACAUCGAGGACACGGAAAACUCUGAAAACGUGGAGGCUCAGGCCCGGGACAACCAGGAGGAAGAGGAAGAUGAAGAACAGCCCAAGGAUGGAGGAGGAGAGAGGGAUGGCGAGACCCCUCCGGCCACCAACGGGCCCCUCAUGCCGAGCGACUCCAGCAUCAGCAGCAACCUCCAGGCUAUGUCCUCUCAGCUCUUCCAGGCAAAACGCUGCUUCCGCCUGGCGCCGACGUUCAGCAACAUGCUUCUGAGACCCCAAGCCUCAACGUCAUCCGGUACUCCCACCCCCACGGACACCUCUGCUCCCCCGUCCCAAGAGACUCCACCUCCUCCUGGGGAUUUCCAGUGUGAUCUGAGCCCUGGUACUGCCAAUGGAACCAAUGACAACGACUUGGACUCUGACUCUGAAGGAAGUCAACACAGCGCUCGGUCUGCACACAGUGAAAAAACCCUCCUAGAGAAGCUGGAGAUCCUGACGAACCAGGGGUUGAUGCAGGUGGUGAAAGUCUUUAUCGAUUGGCUGAGGACUAACACCGACAUUAUCCUCAUGUGUGCACAGAGCUCUCAGAGCUUGUGGAACCGUCUGUCUGUUCUGCUGAACCUGCUUCCAGAUGGCAGCAAGCUGCUCGAGGCUGAGCUGGGAUCGAAUGCAGAGGUGACAGAAAUGUUAAAUGAGUGUGAGCAUCCAGCUUCAGUCCAGACUCUGCUGCUGCCUGAGGACGUGGCUCUGCGACACCUGCCUGCUCUCAACGCAGCUCACCGCCGUCUUGACUUCACUCGCCGCAACGCCUCCCUCAGCUCCCUGCAGGAGUGCGUGGUGCGAGUGUGCUGCAUUCGCAGUUUCGGACACUUUUUAACGAAUCUCCAAGGCAACAUUUUGCACUUCAACCCAGAAGCAGGAAUCUUCACCAGCAUCAGCCAGUCUGAGCAGGACAAUCUGGUGCAGCAGGCCAAGGCCCAGUUCAGGAUGGCUGAAGAGGAGGCUCGUCGAAAUCGAUUAAUGAGGGACAUGGCCCAACUUCGACUGCAGUUGGAGGUGUCGCAGCUAGAGGGCAGCCUUCAGCAGCCCAAAGCUCAGUCGUCCAUGUCUCCCUACCUGGUACCAGACACCGCUGCCCUCUGCCAGCAUCUGAAUCUCAUCCGGCAGCUGGCUGGCAGCGGCUGCUUCAUCAUAAUCAUCCCACGAACAGUGAUCGACGGGCUCGACAGGUUAAAGAAGGAAAAUGCUGGUGCGAGAGACGGCAUCCGUUUUCUGGAGUCAGAAUUUCGUAAAGGCAACCGGUACAUCCGAUGCCAGAAGGAGUCGGGCCGCAGUUUCGAAAGAGAUAAACUGAAACGUCAGGAUAUCGAAGCUUGGCAUUUGUAUAAGAUGGUGGACAGCUGCCGACAGCUGACGGUGUCCCAGAGCAACGGAGACGAAGACACAGCCGGCAUGGUGACCAUCCUAACGGGCCACGAGGUAGAAGAGCUGUGCUCCCAGUCAGCAGCGAUGAAGUUGGCGAUCCAGGCCGUGGGCUCGGCGGGCAUGGAGCUGAAAAACAUCGUGGACUUUUACCGCCAGUGGAAGGAGAUGGGCUGAGAGUUCAACGGGGGGCAGCUGUCGACGCUGCGAGCAGCUGAUCGAUCACAACACUCGCUCCCUCUUAUCUCUCCCACUCUUUUGCUCUGUGUGUAUCUGCGUCUCCAAAGGCAACAAAACGACUCAAAAGAAGGCGGGACGGUGGAGGUAAAGCUCAGAGGGCAGAACAAGAAAAUACAGCGGAGUAUUAAAUAUUUAUCAAAUAAAAUUCAAAAAGAAGCGCGGGAAAAAAAAAAAAAAACGACGCC